AUGCAGGAACUACGCGAAUUUUGGAACAACAAGUCUUCAUGUAGAAUUUUUUGUCUAGCAAUUUUGUUACUAAUUAUAAUUGCUUUAAUUGUUGCUGGUCUUGUAAGCAGUCAUUUAAGCCUUCCAAAACAUUUUGAAUUUAUUUGGAUAACCCCAGAACAGUCCCGCUUUGGAACAGACCAAUUAAUUACGUCAAUCCAUGGCCGUUUAGAUGUGGGAAAAUUGGGGAAACAGGCACGACUAGAACUGACUGGAACUCCUCCUUUUCGUUCCAACUUUGUUUCUAUUUUGGAUUUUAAAACGAAUCGUGUAGCAAUAAUGGACAUGUCUUUACGUUCAGGGAAUUCGCAACAACAAAAACAACAAAAUCGUUAUAUGCUUGUUUGCUUCGUUGUUGAUUUGGAUAGACAAAAUAUUGGGGAUUUGGAUGAAUUGUUAAAAUCUGCAAAAGUUGGGGCUAAUAGAUUAAAUCAACUUCAUGGAUGGGAGCAGAAUUGGCAAUUUACUGGUAUUCCUCUUAGCCAACCACCUUUGUUUGAGCCGGAGGUUUUUUUCUGA